AUGGCAGGAAAUACUUUUGGACAAUCGUUUCGUAUCACGACCGCCGGCGAAAGCCACGGCCCGGGGAAUGUUGUGAUUAUUGAUGGUGUCCCCCCCGGGAUCCCGUUGGAAGUUGCUGAUCUGAUGGUCGAUCUGGAACGCCGUCGUCCGGGGCAGAGUAAAAUCGUCACGCAGCGUAAAGAACCGGACGAACCGGAGAUUCUCUCAGGUGUUUUUGAAGGACGAACCACCGGGACCAGUCUGGCGAUCUUGAUUCGUAACCAGGAUCAGCGCAGCCGGGACUACGGAAACAUUAAGAACCUCUACCGACCGGGGCACGCCGAUUACAGCUUCGAUGCGAAAUAUGGUUUCAGGGAUUAUCGGGGAGGAGGCCGCAGCAGUGCCCGCGAAACAACGGCCCGUGUCGCUGCUGGUGCCGUUGCUAAGAAGAUAUUCGCCGAAGCCUUUGGCGGAGAAGUGAUUGGCUAUGUCACUCAGGUGGGUCACAUCAAAGCCGAGAUUCCCGCGCCUCAAGAGGUGACUUUGGAGCAAGUUGAGAAACUGCCAAACGGUGAUGCCAAUAUCGUCCGCUGCCCUGAUUUAUCUGCCGGCGAAAAAAUGAUCGAGCUUAUUGAUGAAUGUCGGAAGGCGGGCGAUUCAAUUGGCGGGGCAGCUGAGGUGGUGGCGAAGAACAUCCCUGCGGGUCUCGGGGAGCCAGUCUUUGACAAAAUUAAAGCCGACUUCGCCAAGGCACUUUUCUCUCUCCCAGCUGUAUUAGGGGUCGAAUACGGCAUCGGCUUUGGUUGCGUCACAAUGCGCGGCAGCGAACAUAAUGACAUCUUUACUGCGACCCAGAAUGCAGAUAAGCCACAUAUCUCAACGAAGACCAAUCGGCAUGGCGGAAUGCUCGGCGGCAUCACAACGGGAAUGCCGAUCGUCUUGAGAGCAGCAGUCAAACCGACAAGCAGUUUACCCAUCGAACAACCAACGGUGACCCAGUCUGGUGAGGAAGCAACGAUUCAAACCAAGGGACGACACGAUCCCUGCUUGCUUCCACGCUUCAUCCCGAUGGCAGAAGCGAUGAUCGCUAUUGUGCUGGCAGACCACUGGCUCCGCUGGUGCGGACAGUCUCGUUCAGUCUCUGUCUAUGGUACAUCUCAAGGGGUGGAUGUUGAGUAG